AUGCCCCGUGGCUUUGACCAACCCACGUCAAGCUCCGCGUCCCGUACGACUGACACGGGAUCUCGCGAACAACCUGCGCAAUCGUCAACCACACGAACAAGACAAGGUCGCUACGGGAUCUCAGCUACAGUACAACCUACUGGCGAGUCAAAGCAACUACAAUCGCCACGUAAGCCUACUGACCCGAGACCCUCUGACAUCUCCCACCCGGCGGGUGGACCCCCGACGUCUGGAACAUCACGGAAGCCUCCUGCCUAUCUUCAGGGGAAGAACCCGUACGGCCAAGUUUUGGCAAACAUUGAACAUCCAUACCGGGAACCGGAUGCCACUGGACGAAAAUCAGUUGGCCCUCCUCAGAUUGGUACCGAUGUCCCAGGUACGCUGCGUGGAUCUGGCGCAGUUCCAGACGGUGCACGGCCAACGUCGUUUAAGCCAGAGCGAACAAGCAUUGCUUCGAAUCCUCAACCGCCAGAGUUUCCAUCUAGACAAGCCCCGAAAUCGGUGUCGGUACAAGCUGCCAAAAACUUUUUCGAAUCCAAAGCUUCUCAAAGCGGAUCAGCUCCUCCUCUUCCGCCUGCUUCAGCAGCCAUAAUAGCGUCAAGUGAAAUAUUAAGAAACCCACAGUCCUCUGUGCGCUCUAGAGAUCACCUCGCACGCCCUCUCAGUCCAACCAAAGCACGAGUCUUGAAAAGGCGAACCUCAGACUCUUCCUUGCGGCCAUCGAGCCCACAUAGGACUGAGCAGGCCAAGACAUCCCAGCCGGCCGGCACUGCAAAACCAGUGAAAGCUGGCAAAUCCCACCCAGACGUCAUUGUAAGGAGAGCUACUACGAUCUCGGCCAAUCCUCCUUUUGAAGAUGAACAGGCAGAAGCCGAUGAUGAAUAUGUAGGAGCAACGGGUCAUAGACGGUCAACGAACAUAUUUGUCAGUGUUCCGCGCGAUGUUGCACUAUCUUCAGAACAAAACUAUGCCAAUGACCCGGGGACGCCCGCCAUCAGGGACCAUUCACAUCGGUCAGAGCCGCGCCAAAGUUCCGAAGAGACUGUCAAGCGACAUCACGCAGGACGGUCCCCGUCUAUUGGCGACCUAGAAGCGUUGGGAGAAACAAGGGAACCAGGGACGCCGCGGCAGCCUCGACGUUCACGGAUCGUACACGAUAGCUCUUGUGCUGUUGGGGAAGGUGACGUCCUUUCCUCUCAGCGGCUUCGGCGGCAAAGCUCACGCAGUGCUCCUCUGGCGGACAUGAACAUUACAAAUGAUCAGAAUGUGCGGAAUUCCAGGCGUAGAUGCUCAAAGUCAUCAGCAACAGAUACGAGUGCAUAUCAACCGGACGCAGGCAGGUCCAGUGACGUUCGUGCAAAGGUGGAAGCCAUUGCAGCAAGAGGUCUCAGCCAUGACGGAUCAGGUUCUGUGUACAGCUUGUCCCAGCACAGUACCGACUCUGGACCAACGCCUACGGCUGAUGUCGCCGUACAAGAUGAUUACGAUACUAUCGAGGUUCCUGACCACGUGGACUCGCGAGGAGCAUAUGGUCGGCGCAAGACACAAGACUUUGGUUAUCCAGGUGCUCGUAUCAAACCACGACGUACCGUUCGACUUUACAACCCACCGCAAGACCCCAGCAAUUGGGUCAAGCGCAUUUGCGGACACUUCUCGUAUAUGAGCAAAGGCGAAGUUCCUGAGCUUGCGACCAAGAAACGCUGUCAGCAAUGCUCAGUCAUAUCUUCAUCAUCAGCCAAACCGCAACAGACCCAGUCUCGCCGCAAUAGUAAGCAGGCGGCUACUGAUUCCUCAAAUUCUAUAUCGUCAUCUUUGAAACCGUUAGGAAGCUCUACCGCCCGAACUCCAAGGCGUCGCAGACAUCAUUCUGAGUGCAUACAAAGUGACAAAUGCGCAGACACGUUCGCCAAGGAUCUGGGACUAAUAAUUGAUUCCAUUCUCGAAGAGCAUGCGAGCACUUUGCAAGGCGUCAUCAAUAAUAUCAAGCACAGUCAACCCAGCCUUAUACAGCUCCGGAGGGUUUCCCAGGACCUUGUUCAACGCAGCCAAGCAACUGGUAUUUGCACGAAUCCCCGCCACACAGCUUGUCGUCCCCAGUGUACCCAGCAAGCGGCAUGUCAGCAGAUAUGCGAACCGGUGGGUAAGCCUCAGACAUGUGAAUGGAUGCCACCAUGUCCAUAUGUCCCGCCAAAAGCUGUCGAGAAGCUCAAUGUAGGCUCCCCUGGCCAGAUUGUACCCAAUGUCAAUGAUUCUCGUGCCAGUCUCCACGAGUCGGUUAAUUCAGUACCUGAGCUGGUCAACCUGGUCAACUCCGCUGCAGAUGAUUUAGGUCUUGAUCUGGACAGACGACCAACUGCAAAGGACGAUGAGCUAUUCCAAGAUGCACCUUACGAAAAGACACCUCGCGCUUCCGUCUCGUCACAACAUGCAUACCCUUUAGAGGAUAUAGAACAGAGACUCACCGAAGAAGAUCGGCCUUCAGAGGAUCCUUGGUUGCAACAAACUCGUAGGCAUCUGACCGAGCUCUCAGAAGCACGGACGCAACUGAUGGAUGAGCUCGACUCGAUUGCCGAUGACCUAGGUGUCCAACUUGAGGAUAGGCAUGCUUCUGAGUCGGAGGUCGACCAUGUGCAGAGGGUACUCAGCAAAGUUAAAACUGGAAUAUCCAGGAGAUCUACACGCCUCAGGAAUAAGUCUGUCGACUCUGUGGCCGAAGAAAUACCCAAGAUGAUCGAUCAACAUCUUGACGAAAGACGACUGAGUCGUGUCCUCACACGUAUAUCAACACAGUCAAGACGCAUGUCGGCAAUCACUCAGAACAUGCAGGAAAUUGGCGAGAUUCCACCUGAAGAAAUACAGGAGUGGCUGGUAGUUGCCCAAACCGAACUACCUGCCGCUAUUGACUCAAUCACUACCGUAUUGGAGACCUUACCAGCUUUGGACUUCGAGUCCGCCGAUGAAUUGGAGGAGCAACCACAAUACGAGGAACGAUACGAACCGCGAUACUAUACAGAUCCACAGCAACAGUAUGAACUUUUCGAGCACGAGCCGUACGAGGACUACGCUGAAAGUCCGCCACGUCGUGCAUACACAGAGCCUAUCAAUGAACUACAGAAUCGAAUCGCCGACCUUGAGCGCCGGCUCAGAAGGGAGACGUCGAGGACUGCCUCACCUGAGAUUGAGCAAGAUGACUUUGUUACGCCUCUUGAGCGCAAAUUUUCUUCCACUGGCACCAAGAACUGGCCAACAGUGCAUACGAUGGUUGCUGAGGAUGUCAUAGAAGAUGCUGGAUACUCCCCUAUCCAGUCAGCGGUGACCAGGAGAUUGACAUUGUCGUCAUCAAGGAGGUCUACAUUUCGCGAGCAGUCUAACAGCGAAGAAAGUGUCCAUGCCGAACGGUUCGACCGCGAAGAAACUGAGAACUUGCUUCAGCCUGAAACUCCGCCCAUCAUCGAACACGGCAGUGAUCGUCGCACGUCUACUAUCAAAUCUGCACAACCUCACAUGCAACCAGAGCGGACGUUCUCUUUCGUUUCACAGGAUCCGAACGAAGUUGGGCAACCCAUCAAUGAUGUACCGCAAGAGCUUGCCAAUAUGGGGUUUGAUAUUGCAGUACGACAGCCAACAAGGAGAAGAACGUCAGUCAUCGCCUCGCCAGUACGUAACGCAACUUUUCGUGCUGCAACACCGCCCAUAUCAAGUUCACCUGAAAUGGAAUUUAGCCAUCGCAAGCCGUCAAGAAUAGCUUCUAUGCCAUCCAGAAAGCCUACCAUCGAGCUUGACUUGCCAUGGCAGGAAGAUCGUGAUGAGCCUGUGUCAAUCAUCGACGAAAUGGAAGAAGAAGAGGAGUUCGAAGUUCCUGUUGAGAAUAUUCGCAGGUCAAUGACCAGUACCAAUGUCGAUACACGACUGGAAUCUGUCCAUUCUCUAUUAGUCAACUCGCCAAGGAAAGCUUCUGUGCCGUCAAGGAAGCCUACUAUUGAGCCCGAUUUGCCAUGGCGGGAAGACAGUGAUGAGCCUGUGUCCAUUAUCGACGAAGAGGCCAAUUUUGAACUCCCUGUAGAGCGCGUUAACAGUUCAACAACUAGUACUAACGUACAUCCACAAGUUGAACCUGACGAAUCGCUCUCAAUCAUGACCUCGGUCCAGAGCCGUGCUCCCACGGAGACAUUUGGUCUAGCAGGGAGCUCUAGAAGGAAUACUCGGCGGGCGACUGGCAACCUUAGCCUUCCAGAAACUGAUUCGGAGAUUCCUUUAAUGAAUAUGACAAGCUCGAUCGCUCAGCCCAAUCGGAAAACGACUAUACCUGAGGCUGAGAGUGAAUCUGAUCCUCCUCGCUUGAUCGCAGCUAGGUCUCUGGCUAGAGAGAGCCGUAGGCCAACGCUUAGGUCACCAUCACUAAGAGAAGAGCCCGUCGAAGAAUUACCUCUGCUACGCGCUACGACUCGUCAGCCUACGCGCCAAAUGACACGCAAGUCGACUGCCGAAUUGGUCAUAGAAACUCCAGAGGAAGACUUCGAGGCUCCUGUGAUGUGGGUGCGAAGGACAACCACACAACCUCCUCCACCAUCACCAGAAAUUGAAGCCGAGAUCGUGACGAGAAGAGGGACAGCAUUUAUUCCACCCUUCACAGGUGUCACCACAAGAAUGUUGACACGUCAACAAUCUGAAUCCUUAGAAGAUCCUCCUGCACCACCGUCUUCGCCUUCGACUGAGGCUGAGAUGCUUUUGCCAUCUCGCGUGGACACUACGCGGGAGAGGCAGCCGGAUGUCAUGCAUGAAGUAAAGCCACCUGUACCUGCGACUCGAGCAACAGGCAUUGUGUCUAGAGCGCAGAGUAUGGCGCCUAAGAGCCUACCGAGGCGCACAGAUUCAACGCCUCGUCAACCUGCUGCAAGACAAUCUUUUGUCCAGACAGACCAGCUUACACCCUUUGAGUCCAGUUUGUCGAAUCCAUCUGAAGGAUCUUUAUCACCUGUAACCGAGAUGAUCCCCCAAGCCGAAGAUUCUGGGUUUUCAGGUCAAAUGGUACGACGGCCGACUACGGUGUAUGAGCCUCCAUUUGAGGAAACCAAUCCGCAGCCAGUACUUUCUUCGCACAAAUCCAGCUUUCGACCGUCACCAUCGAUGACAGGACUUAUCGCAAGCCCUACAAGGCAGUCUACAAUUGCUGCGCGACGGACGACUUUCGAAGACGCUCUGAAUGUCUCCUCCAGAAGAGCAACGAUCAUGUCAGAUCCUACAACUAUCGACAUACCUCCACGCCUAGCUACUAGGGUCAUUACCCUAAGUCCUUCUACACUGGAACGAGUUGGUACGGAGCAGGUUUCGAGGCGACCUACAAGAAAGACAACGGAGCCGGAGUCAACACCGCUGCCAAUAUCAAGGCAGUCAACUAUGCACAAUCUUGAAGCUCCAUCUCGAAGAACAACUGCUUCGGAUAUGUUCGAACUAGGACAGCGCAAUGUUGAAGAGCCUGAAGUAGAGCUGUAUUCAACUAUAUCACGCCACCCUACUAGACGAUUGGCUCAAGGCAAUACUAUUCCACUUCCUAUCUCCAGGGAGUCAACCGUCCCAAGACCACCGUCGCUUUCCAGACACUCUUCGACAUACUCCCUGUCAGAACCAUCUCUACAAGAUGGAGACAACUUGGCUGAUGAGCACCAACCUACACUUUCCAGACAGCUAACAAGACAACCGACUAGUGUUGGCAGGAAGCCAACCAGAAAGCCUACCGAGCCAGUCGUCGUGGAGCCCGGACUUAUAACCCGUCAGACGACUAGGCAGAAAACCAUGCCACAAGAUUUAGAUAUUCUGGAAACGCCUGUCACAACGAGCAGACAGACUACUGUAGCCGGCGUUCCGACUCGUCAAUCUACACUGAUUCAGAUUGACCAACGCGCCUCUUCUGAAGGUGAAGUGGCCCUUUCAUCAAGCAGCAAUAGCUUCGAAACUCAGCCUAUGUCAAGCCGAGCCCCCUCUGUUCGCGAACGUCAGAUGACGACGACAGACAGAUCAGCCACUUUGCUGCAGGGGCCAUCACGAAUCAAUACGAGGCGCGAGUCUACCGCUACUACACAACAACCUCUACCGCGGAACGCGACUAAACUCUCGACAUAUGUCGAAAGUGUUUCGGCCCACUCAGAACUUGAGUCGGAGCCAGAAGAGCCUGUUUCCAGAACGAAGUCUAUUCGACGAGUGAAUACCUUGCGUACCGCUCUACCUAGCGAGCCCGAGAACCCCGUCGCUUCAGAACCACAGCCUGUAUCUCGUCGGUCGACAAUCGCGAAAGCGCCAACAUCUAUUGCUUUUGAGUCGCCUCGUCAAACUUUGACGCAAGAGACUCAAUUAGACGAACCCGGGGGAUUCGAAGAAGCACUCGUGUCUUCUGGAAGUGAAUCUGAUCCAGCACAUGAAGUAGAGCCCAGUACGAUACGCCGACUGCCGACUCAGCAUUCGGAGAUGAGCCGCCCCAAUAUACCCUCCCGGAAGAGCACCUGGUCUACAGAAGCUGCUGUUUUGGAAGAAAAGCUUCCACCGACGGCAUUAUCUCGCAAGACUACCGCGCUUUCACGACAUCCGACACGUCAGCCCACGCGGCGACUAACGGUAGGGUCACAAUUGCCCACGAUCAGUGGGCGAGUACCUUCACCGGAUGUUGGAGAGUCACUAGUUGAGGAGUCGCCAGCCGAAGAAUCGCCAGCUCCAGCGACAAGAAAAGCUUCGCGUCAGCCUACUCAGAUAUCGCGAAAAUCCACGGUGAGGGAUGAUCUACCGACGGAAGUACCGUCAAGGCAACCCACGCAGUCGUCAAGAACUACUACCUUUCGCGUAGGGAGCCCAUCUAAAUUAACCACGGUGGGCACAUUGGCUGAAACAAGUUCAGAGUCCAAAAUCGAUUCGGACGCCAGAGUCACCGAGUCGAGUCGAGCAUUUGUAGAUGAAGAUCGCGUGAAGGUGACAAGAAACCCGACACGGGUUCCUACCAAGCGACCGACAUACAUUGAAGAUGACCAAGAAGCAAGUGUUCGGCUUGAAUCGACCCGCACCUCUCGUCAGCCAACCAGGGUACCAAUAGCAUCCACACAGUAUCCCGUACAGAGCGCUUUGGACUCCGACAGUGAAAUCGAAAAGACUCCAGAACUUGAUAGCGAGGAACAUCCGAUUCGUUCAUCAUCUUUGGGGGAUCCUCUUGCUGCUUACGACGUGUAUCGUGGUGCGCUCGUGCAAUCUCCAGAUCAUUUGUCUGAUGAGCCUUUACCUGCGGUUCGGAGAACAACCACUGUCCAUAGACCAGUAGCUGAUUACCCACCAUCUCCACCUCCUACACCUCCACGGCAGCAAACUAUCACGUCUUCUCAUCCCGAGCAGCGAUCCAUAAUCGCCGUCGAGGAAAUACCGGAAGAAGAGCCUGGCCGUGUUGACAGAGCUCCUACAGCUGAUCUUUCGCGCGAUCCCGAAUCUUUCGCACAUUCGUUAGCAAGGAAAGAGGUAGAAACACCAGUCACAGAGCCACCUCGAACAGAUCGUCAAAGGAUACGAAUCGACCCUCAAGUGGAUGAGCGCGUCCCCAGAGUUCUUACCGUGCCCCGCGAGAGAGAUCGCCGACGAAGCAGUGCGGCUCCCGGCAUCGUAGCACCAGCUCCAGAAGGACUACCAAGUCCUAUUAAGCCUACGCCUCCUGCGCAUAAGUCCAAGAGGGUGGCAAACUACCCGCCUGAACAUCAAUAUCCCCCCGCGCCUGCCUACCCUCAUCGCGAGACGCCGUCAUGGACGAGACCUGACACCCAAACCUCUCCUCCAAAGCCAAGAGCUGAAGAUCAACCAAGAAAGCGCCGCUUUUUAGGGAUCAGACCCAAGGCAACAGGCAAGCCAGUCCAGCGUCCACCUGAGCCACAUCCUGACCGAGAGUCAGUCGAGCCCUUUCGACAUGCGGCACCAGGACCGGUACCAGGGCCUCCUGGGGGAACGCUACAAAGGCCAAGAGGUUAUCCGAACCGACCUGCAAACAAAAUAUAUCACCGAACACCCGCCCCAAUUCCAGUCAGAAGAGAUGAUCACUCAGCCCGAAUCCCAAUCAGAAGAGACGAUCAUCCAGCCCGUGAAGCCCCGAUCUAUGCUCGGAAGGAUGACUAUUACCCCCGUCUCAAACCGAUCAUACGUGACCACAGAAACAAUCAGCCACGACCUCAACCGGUACCCAUCCGUCGAGACGUCCAGCCUCAGUACUCCCAAGCUCAAGCUCCCGCUCGUAGAGAUUACCCGGCCCCAGCUCCCAGAGAUCAUCCGACACCCAACUACGGUCCACCACGUAGACACUACCCACAAGCUCAGUCAGGAGCUACAUCCUAUCGCAACAAUCCUCGCCAGCAGCCCCUUCGUCGCCAAACGCCGGAACCCAUUCGCCGUCAACAUCGACAGCAACAAGUCUCUGGUGACCAAGAGAGAGCCGCUCCUCGUUCCAAAGCGGCUUCAUCUCAACGUAGGCCGCAGGAUCACCAGGAACCCUCUUUCACGCAAACGUCUCCGCAGGAAGAGGAUUUCAAUGGGACUGCCCGCCGAGAUGCCCGUGGCGGCACGUCGGAAGACGAAGUGGUGGCGGGGAAAGAAGCAACAAAAACAAGGGACAGGCAAACGCCCACCGCGGAAAAGGAACUUUCUCAGUUUCCGCAACAAGAAGAGCAGCAAUUGGAAGGGAGAGCAACCCGUGAAAAAGCACAGAGAACAAUUGCCAGCCGCAGAUCGUCGAAGAUCUCUGGGGUCCCUGUUCAAAACCCGCAAACACAAGCGCCAGAACAGGAAGAACCAGAGCAAAAACGCCAAUCACCUAUACGAGGCAACGAACCAAGCAGCCCAAAUACUACCGCAAAAGCAAGCUCACAGAAAGUUUAUGGGAAUGACAAUUUCGCACAGUCAUCGCAAGAAGGAAAAACUCCCGUCAGCGACAGUGUCGACGAGGCUAAUGGUAGCCCAUCCCUUGAGAUCCAAUGGCGACCGUCAACAGCCGGAACGGGUGUCCCGAGAGAGAGCGCCCAGUCCAUCUCAACCACAAGCAGACGUGCAUCAACACAAAGCCAGACAAACAGAAGGCGAUCCUCAACAACGAAUUCGGAGCAAGAGAAGUCUCUCCCGCGGGCACUCACCCGUCAUACGACUGCAAGACGAGCCUCAGAAGCUGGAAAGCAUCUCCAAACAGCGCGAAAAGACUCCUCACCAGGAACGAGACGACCAUCAACUGCGCUUGCAACAUCGAGAGAACAGCGUAGAUCGUCAAAUACAGAUGCAAGCACCCAGGGACGCUCACCUCCCUCGCGAACAAUACCUUUACGAACGACAACAGCGCCAUCUCGAACAUCGACAGUCAAUGACAGCACAAGAAAGACAGCUGAUCGAAGAUCGUCAGCGACAACGGCAGCACCAAUCUCGCGAGCGGCAGAUUCGAGGGCAGAAGGAGCACGAUCUUCCAAUUCAAAGCCGCGACAAAGUGCAACGAACUCGCCAGCAGCAAAGUCCGGAUCUGGAUCACAGAAGAACGAGAGGACAGGAGAUGAGCUCGCAAAAUCAACCAGACAGUCAAAGAAAGCCGCACUUCCGCAUCACCCAUCAGCUGGAAGUGAUAAGUCCGAGUCCAAUGAUCCGAUCCUGUGGCCCCGGGCACGAAUCGGAGACAAAAAUUCGUUUGGAGGGCAGAGAGCACCAGCACCAGCGAAGAGAACACCGAGUAGCCUUGGAAGGGGAAAGGGACAGGCAGAGUCUGGAGGGACACAGAGUGGAGGGCAAGGGGCAAUCGCAGAUCAUGGACAGCAGGCAGGGAAGGGUGAGGCAAAGACAGUACAGGGGGUUCCGUCCAAGGGGAGAUGGGGGUGGGGGUGGGGAAAGGGGUGA